CCUUACCUUUCCACCUCUCUCCAGCUCCCCACCAGCACUGACAGAGCCCCGGGAAGAUGCCAGGGCUGAUUAACUGGGCCACCCUCUCCCCGCUGCCCCUCACCGCAUCGGAGGUGACGUCCUGUGUCAGCGGCUACGCCUUCGGGAUGACAGCCCUGCUCACCUACCACAACCCAGACCCCCAGGCUUUGGAAGGUCUCUUUGUGUUCCCCUUGGACGAGGGCACAGCCGUCGUGGGCUUCGAGGCCGCCGUGUCCCGGCGCGUGGUGACGGUGCAGAUCAAAGACAGAGCCAAGAUAGAUGACACCUACUUGGACAGCUGCAGCCUCCCCAGUGGAAGAGGAAGGAUCCUGAUGGAUGAGGACCUGGAGAGGAUUGUUUUCGUGGCUAACCUGGGCAUGAUUCCUCCCCUGGAAAGCAUCUCCAUCUUCAUCAGCACCUCCUCUGAGCUGCAGACUACGUCCAGUGGGGCUGUGAGGGUCCUUCUGCCAGCUGUGUGUGUCCCCAGGGUCCCCCAGCCCAGCCUGGAGAAUGCCAGCAGCCCUUCCAGCCACCAGCUCCGCACGGACAAGCACCACUGUGGAUCAGGGAGCCUGGAUCAAGGGAGCAGGUUCUGCCUGGCUCAGCUGCUGGAGGGUGAGGCCACCAACCCCUUCGAGUACGAGUUCAGCUUCCACCUGGAGAUCCGGGGGCCGUGCCUGCUGGCAGGCGUUGAGAGCCCUACCCACGAGAUCCGAGCGGACGCCGACCCCUCGGCUCGCUCCGCCAGGAGCAUCGUGAUCACCCUGGCCAACAAACACACCUUCGACAGGCCCGUGGAGAUCCUCAUCCACCCCAGUGAGCCCCACAUGCCUCACAUCUUAAUGGAAGAAGGUGACAUGACACCCGCAGAGUACGAACGACACCUGAAGGGGAAGAACGAUUUCAUUAAAGGCACUAAGAAAGACCCCAGUGCCGAGAAAAAGACGGAAAUCAUCAGGAAGCGGCUGAACAAGGACAUCCCCCACCACCCCAUCAUCAUGCUCAACUUCUGCCCUGACUUGAGGACUGUCCAGCCAGCCCUUCAGAAAGCCCAAGGGGAGUUUAUCUUCCUCAUAGACCGGAGCAGGAGCAUGAGCGGCGGGAACAUCAGCCGUGUCAAGGAUGCCCUGUUGGUCAUUCUCAAGAGCCUGAUGCCAGCGUGUCUCUUCAACAUCAUCGGGUUUGGAUCCACCUUCAAGACCCUCUUUCCUGCCAGUCAGGCCUAUUGUGAGGAGAGCCUGGCCCUGGCCUGCAAGAGCAUCAGGAGAAUCCGUGCCGACAUGGGCAGCACCAACAUCCUGUCCCCUCUCAAGUGGAUCAUCCGUCAGCCCAUCCACAGGGGCCACCCCCGGCUGCUCUUCCUGCUGACAGACGGGGCCAUCAGCAACACGGGGAAGGUUCUGGAGCUGCUGAGGAACCACUCCUGCUCCACCAGGUGCUACAGCUUCGGCAUCGGGCCAAAUGCCUGCAGGAGGCUGCUCCGGGGUCUGGCUACCGUGUCCAGGGGCACUGCCGAGUUCCUGGCGGAGGGGGAGAGGCUGCAGCCCAAGAUGAUCAGGUCGCUGAAGAAGGCCAUGGCGCCGGUCCUGAGCGACGUGUCCGUGGAGUGGGUCUUCCCCGAGAGCACCGAGGUCUUGGUUUCCCCUGCCAGCACCAGCUGCCUCUUCCCUGGCGACCACUUGGUCAGCUAUGGCGUCAUCUGUGACACCUCCCUGUACCUCUCCAACCCCAGAUCCGACAAGCGGCGGCGUUACAGCACGAUGCGCUCCCAGGAGUCGGGCAGCUCCGUCUUCUUUCACUCCCAGGAGGAGGGAGCAGGCGUGGAGAGCUGGAAUCACUCCAGAGACUCGGAGGGCUCCUGCCCCACCGAGCGCUCCCCCGACCUCCUGGGGGUGGGCAGAGAUCCCGGGGGAGAGUCGGACACGGGUCAGAGUUCCCCCUGUGCACGCGUGGGUGUGAUGCCCCUGUCUUCCUCUCUCCCACAUUCAGGAGUGGAUGUGAAGGGUUCCUCCAGGAGACGAGCGUACAGCACCACCCAAAUCGCUGACCACGAGCCUGGCAGGAAGGUGCCCACGGCCAGUGAUCCCAGCACGGCCCUGGUGAAAAACCCCCUUCGGAAAACACACCUGCAGGACCUGCAGCAGGUCAGCCCCGAGCCCUGGCAGGUGGAUUUCCAGCCCUUCCCAGCCAGCCCUCAUGGUUCUGCCAGCAGGAUCCGUGGCACAGGUGCCAGGCGCCCAUCCCUGCUCCACCGCGGCUGCGUGUCCUUCUGCCACGACACCAACCCCCCGCCGGUGCUGGACGGGCUGCAGCAGACCCCAGGAAGGGGCUUGGAAGCCCUUGAUGCCAGCGUGAGCCUGCGCUCCUCGUCGGACAGCCGGAGCCCUGGGGACCCGGAGUCUGCCCAGCAUCCAUCCCUCACGUUCGAGACGGAGACCUCGUCCGACUGGGAGCUGCAGGACCUGGAUAUCGGCGCUGCCUGCGGCUCCCCGCGCUCCCCCCGGACCCUCUGCAAGGCGGUGGUGAAGGGGCUGAGGAACAACGAGCCCGUGCAGUGGGAAGUCCCCUUUGAUAUCCGCCCUCUCUUCCGGGAGCGGGAGAGCCAGGGGGAUGGGGAUGCAGACCUGUGGAGUGAGACCUUCCACCACCUGGCAGCCAAGUCGGUCAUCCGGGACUUCGAGCAGCUCGCCGAGAAGGAGUGCGAAAUCGAGCACGGGUCCGGGCGGCGGUACCAGCUCAACGCUGUCCACACCAGCAAGGCCUGUAAUGUCAUCAGCAAGUACACGGCGUUCGUGCCAGUAGACCUGAGCACCAGCUCCUACCUGCCCACCCUGGUCCAGUACACCCACACAGGGGCAGCAUCCAAACGAGGCAACCAGAGAAGCCUGGGCUCAGGAAACAGAAGGCAUCGUGACCUUUCCCCUGGACGUCCCCACUCAGCUUGUGGCCAGAAUGGAGACGAUGGAUUUUACAGCACCAAUGCCGAGGAGAGCAGCCUGUCCCCCUCCAGCACCCCUCCCUCCUCUGCCUGGGAGCGUUGCCGUCUCCCCGAAGGGCCACUCCAGGGCAUGUCUGCUUCCUCUGCACAAACCCAAAAAUCCCUCGAGAGGCUCUUUGCUGCCAGGCUGACCCUCAAUAAAACCAGGCUGCUGGUUCGAGCUGCCAAAGGGUUCAUGAGUAAAUCUCCAAGCAGAGGGAGCGAAGCCAGCUCUGAGGGCGACAAUGAGAGCAUGAACUACCUUCCCCUGGUGUCCCUGCAGCUGGCCUGUGGUGCCUUUCUCCUGAACUCGGCCUUCUGUGACGCCGUCAACAUCCCCAUGGAGAAGCUGAAGUGGACGUCGCCCUUCGCCUGCCACCGCCUGUCCCUCAGCCCCUCCAGCUCCUACAGCACCAGGAAGACCAGCCCUUCGGUGGAGCACAAAAACCCGGGCUCCAGCCAGCAGCUCCUGGUCCCCGAAGGGCACGGGAAGAGUCCCACCAGCAGAGACGCCGCUCGGGGUGUGGUGCUGGAUGGCCCCGGCAGCCACACCCAGGACACCGGGCGCCUCCGGCACUUGUCGGGCAGCGCGGUGGAGAGCAUCUCCAGAGCCCUGACAGCCGAGAAGGAACUGUCCCCCCCGGCCAUCACCAUCCGCCGCUUCUCCUCCCCGGAGAGCACGCUGGGCUCCUCCCAGUGGGAAUCCGACAGCGGCCGGGGCUCGGAGACAGACGGCUCCGAGGUGCAGGCGCUGCUCCUCGACGCGGAGCUGCAGCAGCAGACGGAGCCCGAGGGGAUGCUCUGGGCCACGGCGGUGGCCCUGGCCUGGCUGGAGCACAGCUCGGCUUCCUACUUCAUCGAGUGGGAGCUGGUGGCUGCCAAAGCCAGCCUGUGGCUGAGCGGGCAGGGCUUCCCCGAGGGAUCCAGCCUGGCCGCGGUGAAAGCCGCAGCCCAGCAGCUCUUUGUGCUCCUCCGGCACUGGGAUGAAAACCUGGAGUUCAACCUGCUGUGCUACAACCCAGGCAGUGUGUAGAGAGGGGGGAGGAGGGAGGCUUGGGCGGAUUACUGAGGGCACAGGAGCAGGGAUCGAUCCUUAAGGAAACACCUCCGAGGAGCUCCUCUGCUGCAGGGAUGUGUGUGUUUAUUAGAGCAAGCCCUGUGAAAGGAACAGUCCAGGCAAAAUCCUGCACUCAGCAGUCGGAGUUUUGCCCUGAGAGGGAACCUUCCGCUGCUCCUGCUAUUUAUUUUCAGCUGGAGCAGCACUUCCAGUUAUAGCAGUUCCCUCUGAUCCUGGUUCCUUCUGGUUCCCAGAGCAGAUCUUACUGCCUACUCCACUUGCCCUGUCCUUGCUUGGCUGCCUCUUCCCAGUCCCAAAUUGCUGCCAAGCCCCUGCUGCAGCCCCCCAGCCCUGAGUCCCUGCUCUCCUGAGGCUCCUGCCUGGCUCCUGCCAUCUCAGAUGGCUUCCAGAGAAGAUUAACAUCUGACAACAUGCUCAUCACAUGGAUCAAAGGGAAUCUGGGCUAGGAAUGACCAUCUAAAUAGCAGCCCUUGCUACCACAGCCAGGAGGAUGAAACCCAGCCACGCACCAACAAGCUGGGCCAGUUGGAGACUGGGACCAAACCCCAUCCCAUCCACACGGUGCUGGGCUCCCUCAGCCCCUCUGCAAUCCCAGAGGGAGUUUGUGAGACCCCUUGCAGCCAAUGUGUGCCUUCAAAGCUUCACAGGCAGAGCAGGGGCACCCGGGAUUGAAGGAUCAAGUGCCUACAGAGGGAAUCACACAUUGCUGUCUCUGGCAUGGCUGUGAUGCCCGUGGAGCCCAUCCAAACCCUGCUGCCUUUCGCUCCCUCCCUUGGCAUGGAGCAGCCUUGCCACGUCCCACCAGGCUUCUGUCUUGUGUCUGUGUGUCUGGGGGGGCAGAUGGGAGGGACACUGGGGACCCCAAGCGCCCCUCCAGUCUCUGUGCUUGGUGUCACCUCUUUGGGAUCCCCAGGAGCUUCCCUCUGGUCUCUGCUCUCAAUGUCAGCUC